AUGGAUCGCCAAGCUACCCCACGAAGUGAGCUGGAGUGUAUGAUAUUUGACGGAAGCACAAAACCAAAGGCCCUGCCACUAUCACUUCUGCAGGACAUCACCAGCGACUUCUCUAUUGACCAAUUCAUUGGCUCCGGUGGCUUUGCAAUGGUUUAUAAGGGAGUGCUUGGCGAUGGCAUAGUUGCUGUGAAGAAGCUUUCCGAAAACUUUGGUAUCGAUGAGGAGAAAUUCAGUGGAGAGAUUCGUUGUUUAAUGAAGGCAAAGCACAAAAAUAUAGUAUGGCUCCUAGGAUAUUGUUCUAACGCACAAGGGGAAAUGUUAAACUACGAGGGAAGGCUUGUCAUGGCAGAUGUACGAGAAAGGUUACUCUGUUUUGAAUAUCUACCUAAAGGGAGUCUUGAUAAGAAAAUCACGGAUGCAUCCUGUGGACUUGCAUGGAGAGAACGCUAUCAAAUUAUAGUUGGAAUUUCUGACGGUUUAUAUUACCUUCACCAAAAGGGCAUCGUUCACUUAGAUCUUAAACCAGGAAAUAUAUUAUUAGAUGAUUAUAUGGUGCCGAAAAUUGCCGAUUUUGGGCUUUCAAGGUUCUUCGAUGAAAAGCAAAGCCAGGUUAUUGCUUCGAAGCUGAUUGGAACUAUGGGAUAUUUGGCACCAGAAUUCUUUGGCAGCAGACAGAUCACAUUCAAGUUAGACAUAUAUAGUCUUGGUUUGAUAAUCAUGGAGAUAGUAACAAGAGGGAAGGGAUAUGCUGACAUUGACAAUGUACUUGAGAGUUGGAGAAAUAGGUUGGGGAAGUCACAGGCAGACACACAACUGGUACAAGUACGGGUAUGCACCGAGAUAGCGAUAGAGUGCACUGACUUCAACCCGGCGAAAAGACCAGAUGCACAGGAUAUAAUUAAUAGGCUUGGCGCAACAAAAAGUGCAGACGACUUUGCUACUGAAACUGGGGCAAAUAGUAAAAUUAUUGCAGUUGCCAGCUGUGCCUCCAGGUCCCACAAUUGGUCCAGAGAAUACAAUGGCUAA